GCGACGGGGAAAUGUGUCCGACAGAAAUGUAACCAUUACAUCGAAGUUUGAGAAGUUCUGCUGCUUGUUUACUCUUUUAAACUCGCAUCUGUAUAAAACGCUAUAUAUAUGCUUAAUGGUAAAUCACUGUAAGGUAAAACUAGCUUGUCAAAAUGAACGCCAAAGUAUUAUUCGUCAUAUCUGCGGUCUUUUCACUGGCAGCUGCGGCAGCGGGUGAGAUGGUGAAUAUAUCCAAAGGAAAGAUGGUAAUGGGAACCAGUGCAGCUGAUGGGAGAGAUGGGGAGGCGCCCGUCAAGCAGGUUGAAGUGAAGCCCUUUAAAAUGGACAAAUACCCGGUGACAAAUACUGAUUUCAGAGACUUUGUGAGAGCACAGAAGUACAAAACUGAAGCUGAGACGUUUGGUUGGAGUUUUGUGUUUCAAGACUUUGUGUCAGAAGAGCUGAAGAGCAAAGUCACACAGAAGAUUGAGUCUGCUCCUUGGUGGCUGCCUAUUGAUCGGGUGUUUUGGAGACAGCCUGCAGGACCUGGUUCAGGCAUUCGGGAGCGUCUGAGCUUCCCUGUGGUUCAGGUGAGCUGGAACGAUGCUCAGGCGUUCUGCCGCUGGAAGGGCAAGAGACUCCCUACUGAGGAGGAGUGGGAGUGGGCUGCACGAGGGGGGCUGCAAGGUCGGAUUUUCCCGUGGGGAAACAAGUUCCAGGCCAACCGUACCAACCUGUGGCAGGGAUCCUUUCCAGACGGAGACACGGCAGAGGACGGUUACCAUGGCGUCUCUCCUGUCACAGCAUUUCCUCCUCAGAACAGUUAUGGGCUGUAUGACAUGAUGGGGAACACUUGGGAAUGGACCUCCACACCCUUUCCUGCAGCACAGCCACAUUUUGUGCUGCGAGGCGGCUCCUGGAUCGACACGCUGGACGGCUCAGCCAAUCAUAAGGCGCGAAUCACAACAAGGAUGGGCAAUACUCCGGACUCUGCCUCUGACAACCUGGGAUUCAGGUGUGCCGAUGAUGAUGGAGAGAAACAAGGGAAGAAAAAAGACAAGACUGAACUGUAGCAACGCAGGAAAUAUAAAGUGAAGGAUAAAAAAGUUCUCAAAAGGAAUCAAACAGAGAAAAAAACAAGGGACCAAUCAGGUAUCGAUGACUUACAGUGAAUUUUAAUAAAUGGUGAUGGAGACAGGAGUGUAGAAUCAAAC